GGUACUUCCGGUGCCCAGGUGCUUGGGCCCUUUUGCAGGAGUGGAAAGAUGGAUCUUGGCGCCGUGGCCCGUGCUUGGCCCCGCUCGCGGCAGCCGCUGCUGCCGCUGCUGCUGCUGCUGCAGUUCUCGCUCCGCCCGGCCACCGCCAGCGGUCCCCGCACCUUAGUGCUUCUUGACAACCUCAACCUGCGGGAGACGCAUUCGCUUUUUUUCCGGAGCCUGAAGGAUCGGGGCUUUGAACUCACAUUCAAGACCGCAGAUGACCCCAGCCUGUCCCUUAUUAAGUACGGGGAGUUUCUUUAUGACAACCUCAUCAUCUUCUCCCCCUCGGUAGAAGAUUUUGGAGGCAACAUCAAUGUGGAGACCAUCAGCACCUUUAUUGACGGUGGAGGCAGUGUCCUGGUCGCCGCCAGCUCAGACAUCGGUGACCCCCUUCGAGAGCUGGGCAGUGAGUGUGGGAUCGAGUUCGAUGAGGAGAAAACGGCUGUCAUUGACCAUCACAACUACGACAUCUCAGACCUCGGCCAGCACACGCUCAUCGUGGCCGACACCGAGAACCUGCUCAAGGCCCCGACCAUCGUUGGGAAAUCAUCUCUAAAUCCCAUCCUCUUCCGAGGUGUCGGGAUGGUGGCUGAUCCUGACAAUCCUUUGGUAUUGGACAUCCUGACGGGCUCUUCCACCUCUUACUCCUUCUUCCCAGACAAGCCCAUCACCCAGUAUCCCCACGCGGUGGGGAAGAACACCCUCCUGAUUGCUGGGCUCCAGGCCAGGAACAACGCCCGUGUCAUCUUCAGCGGCUCCCUCGACUUCUUCAGUGAUGCCUUCUUCAACUCAGCAGUGCAGAAGGCCGCGCCUGGCUCCCAGAGGUAUCCCCAGACAGGCAACUACGAGCUCGCAGUGGCCCUCUCCCGAUGGGUGUUCAAAGAGGAGGGCGUCCUCCGUGUGGGGCCUGUGUCCCACCAUCGGGUGGGCGAGACGGCCCCACCCAGCGCCUACACUGUCACUGACCUUGUGGAGUACAGCAUUGUGAUCGAGCAGCUCUCAAAUGGCAAGUGGGUCCCCUUUGAUGGGGAUGACAUUCAGCUGGAGUUUGUCCGCAUCGAUCCUUUCGUGAGGACCUUCCUGAAGAGGAAAGGUGGCAAGUACACCGUCCAGUUCAAGUUGCCUGACGUGUACGGUGUGUUCCAGUUUAAAGUGGAUUACAACCGGCUAGGCUACACACACUUGUACUCUUCCACUCAGGUGUCAGUGAGGCCGCUGCAGCACACGCAGUAUGAGCGCUUCAUCCCCUCGGCCUACCCCUACUACGCCAGUGCCUUCUCCAUGAUGGCCGGGCUCUUCAUCUUCAGCAUCGUCUUCUUACACAUGAAGGAGAAGGAGAAGUCGGACUGACGGCCGGCGCCCUGGGACUCCUCGCAGCGUGGGGGCGGAGGGCUUUUAUAGGAUUGUUUUUUCCCCUUUGUGGUGUUUUUUUUUUGGUUUGUUUUUUUAAAGCCGGGGGACAGUGGCACAGCCUUUACCUCAGUGGGAGAUGCGGCAUUGAGUGCCAAGGGGUGGGGGUGAGGGAAUGAUUUUUAUGUAACUUUCCCCACCUAAUGCUAAGUGGUAUAUUUCGUAUGUGCAGUCAUGACCGUUUCUAAAAUAAAGAGAAACAUUGCCCUCAAA